AUGCUCGGGAUCUUCGAUAUUUUUACCAAGGUGGAACAUACGGCUCCGGACCAACCCGUGGAAUUUGUUCCCAGUUCCAUUGAUUCCGAUACUGCCCCAGGUACAGAGAAACCUGGGAUCACUUUGAAACAUGUUAUCGAUAAGUUCUGUCCUACGUUCCACGACUCCCACCUUGUCAAACUUCAUCCGUUACUCCUUAAUGGACACUUUCAAACCGCCUAUUCUCAACUCGUCGAUAACGACAGUAUCCCUAUUUACUACAAGAGAUAUUUGAUCGAUUACCCAGAUGGCGGCCAGGGAGCGGUGGAUUAUGUGGAUAUUGAAGCCACUAAAAAGGCGCUUGCUACCGAAGAGGUGAAUCAAAAGUUUGAUAUCACUGACGAAAAGUUUUCUGGGAAGUUGGAAAAGAAUGAAAACGGCGAAUUGUUACAAUUGCCAUUACCUUCGAAGACCCAUUUCUUUGGUGAUGCCAAAACCGAGUUUGUUGAUGCGGUGAUCAAGAACUCUGCCAAACCUUUGAUUGUAUUAUUACAUGGCUUAUCAGGCGGGUCACAGGAAGCUUACAUAAAAUUGAUGGUCAAGAACCUUAUCAACCAUAACGACUCGAAGUUCGAUAUAGUGGUGCUCAAUGCCAGAGGAUGCUCCAAUACCAUUAUCAAGACCCCAACAUUGUACAAUGGGAUUUGGACAGACGAUAUCCGAUACUUGAUCAAUGAAGAAAUCCUUAAGCAGAAUUCCCAAAAGGAAAUUUACAUGGCGGGAUUUUCCCUUGGAGGAGUGAUUUUGACGAAUUUUCUUGCCCAAGAAUCGAGAUUAAAUAGCCUGAUCUUGAAUAAAAAUAUCAAGCUAGCGGUAGUGGUUUCCACCCCAUGGGAUAUGUUUGGAUCCUCCGAAUUUUUGAAAAGUUCAUUUAUUGGAAGAGAAAUAUAUUCUCCGGCAAUGGCCUCAUCGUUGAAGAGACUUCUAAACAGGAAUUAUGAGCAAUUAAAACACAAUAAAGCCAUUGACGCCGAUCUUCUAGCCGAUAUCUACCAUGUGGACAAUGAUAAUGCCAAUAAAAAACGUUCCAGGGCCUCGGAUAAGGAAGUUAAAUAUUUGGCGCAGUUCGACUACAAUUUCACCAGUCGGAUGUUUGGGUUCAACAACCACGAGGAGUAUUAUAAAUUUGCCUCCCCUAUCAACAGAAUCUCCAACAUCCGCUUACCAAUGGUGUUCAUCAACGCUAUUGACGAUCCGAUUGUGGGUCCUAAAGUCCCAACUAUUCAAGUCCACCAGAACCCUUAUUUACAUAUGUUGACCACAAAAUACGGGGGGCACGUUUGUUGGUUCCAAAAGGGUGGCGAUCAAUGGUACAACAAACCAGUGGCCCAGUUAUUCCGUGGGUUCCAUGAGUCAGUUGUCGAAGAAGGGUUGGUGGUCAAGGUGGAUAAAAAAGCAUUACCAACCGCAACUUUGAUAGAUGUUGAUAGAAUCGUGAUGCCAAAGAGUUAUAGUGAUGUGUUACGCAAGAAAAGAAAGUUAGAAAAGAAAGCUAGAAAAACAUAA